AUGAUCGAUGAAGACGGCGAAAUCACAGAUGAAGACACUGUUGAACCCGAGUACCAAGGGCGAUUAGAAUCCACAGAGAGUUCCACAAAAGACGAGGAGAAGCGCGAUCCAAGGAUGCCUCCACACAUGAACGCUCGCGACACAGCGAAUUGGCAGUCGUUGACGCAGUUGCGACAUUGGCUGAAUGAGCUGGAACGCGAUGCUAGUCUUACUGUAGAUUUAGCUGAUACAGCGGCUAUCAAGGAGAUGACCAACACAGUACAGGUGGAGUUAUGAAC